UUUGCGACCUCGCUGCGCAAAAAACGGCGCAUAAACGCACAGCCGGCUUUGUGUUCGCAUAUUAACUUGGGUAACCUAACGUUCCACCUUAAAUGGAGUCGCUGCACCAUUUAAGGUGGAACGAGACCAUUAGAACAAGAAGCUGACUUCAGCUUUGAGGAUAAACGGGCUCAGAAUUCCGCACAAACCCGCAGUCCGGCUGAAAAAGAGGAUUAUUAAUGAUUAAUUGAGGGGUCAUCGAGGUGUGAGGACCACAGAUCUACACACUAAUGUCCAUAUUUAAAGGGUCACAUUUCAUUUGGUCCAUAUGUUCCUACCUGAGCUCAAAGUUCUGGAAAAAAAAUUAAUAAGGAAUGUAUGCAUGAGUGACGGAGCAUCUUAAAAAUCCUACGAAAUCCCUAACUUGACUGUUCACCAUGGCAAGCUCGACUGUGAAAUUUACGUGGUGUGCCUGCCGCAAUUACAAAAUCCAGUCCAAGGACACCCAUGACAAAUGUUUGCUUUGCCUGGGGAUUCAGCAUGCCAAGGAGGCCGUCCUGGAGUACGGAAAGUGCCCCCACUGUGCCAAGAUGGACUGGAGCACCUGCAUCAAACGUCUCACAAAGGUGCAGGAGGUGAUGCACCAGGAAACCCAGCAGAAGAAACAUGAAGCUGCUCAGAGUGGAGUUCAUCCCAAGCUUGAGCCAGUGACUCCACCUGCUGCCGUUACGGAAUCUAAACCGAUGAAGGUGGCACCUGCUGCACCGACGACGUCACGGACGGAAAUGGCAGCACCGGCUCCGUCGUCUUCAACGGUACCAGUGAUGUUCACGAUUCUCUCCCCUUCUCCGGGCUUAUCUGAACCUAACGCCGGCAUCGUAAAAGGCACGUAUGUAUCACGAUUAGCCUUGCAGCACACGUCAGAACCGGCUCCAUCUGUGGAGCACGCAAAUCCUCCACCGAUGCCGUCCACUUCCCGCAAAAGGCACCAUUCCUCUAGGUGUCGCUCAUGCUGCACGAGGCAUGCGAGCAGGGGCCGCGGGCACAGACGCAAACAUUCCCCAUCUUCAUCCUCAUCUUCCUCCUGGAGCUCGUCCGAUUCCUCCUGCGAAUCUGUCAAGGGCAAGAGGGCGCGGCGAGAAUCGCGGAAAUCCGCCAAGCUGGAAAGACGAAACGGGCGUCUGCUGGAGAUGGUGCAGCAGAAGCUGGAAGCCCAGCAGAGGGCCAUGCAAAUGCAGUGGAGCAUGCUGGAACGGAGGAUAGAUGUUCUGGAGAAGAAAGGUUCCUCAGCUGUUCCAGUUUGUCCAAACGCUGUGGAAAUCUCUCAGGCGUUCAGCUUGUCCCACGUGGAUCGAGGAGAACAGACCGUUUCGAAUGUCGAUUCCAUGGUGACUGGAUCCAUGGACCCAUCGGUCGUAGUGAAACAAGAAGAAAGCCCGGUAGGUGUCUCGUGCGGUUCAAGGUCAGGUUUGUUGCUUGAAGGCGACGGAGAGACUGAUUCUCAGCCAUCUGUGAGCGAUUUGCCAACACAAGAGGUUCUCGGAUCCAGAGAGCUGCAGAAUCUCAUAAGCCGUGCGGCCAAACACUUGGGUAUCGAUUUUCCCGGAUCGGCAAACUGCUCUGACCCGCCGCUUCCAACCAUGGUGCCGGAGUUUGAAGAUUUCGUACAAAUCACGUGGUCCAACCCAGCGAGCUCGAAACCCUUCAGGCCGAUCUUUGCAGAGCUGUACAAGCUUCACGAAUGCCAGUCUCCAGCUUAUGACCACAUGCCUCAAAUCAACGGGUUCAUGUCAGCCAUCUUCCAGGCGGUCAGGCCCUCCGAGAACAAGGAACACUCCAUUCCUCCUGAACACUGGAAGUUCACCGAAGCUCUCGUGGAAAAGGCCUACCAGACUGCGGGCAUGCUAGCCAAGACGGCGAACUAUUUACGAUACAUGACGGACUAUCAGAAGCGCCUUUUGGCGGAGAUCUCGGAAGAACAGCCUUCCCAAAGGCUUCCAGCCAUUCUCAGUGAGCUGAAGCUCAUCGGACAGUUUACGUUCCAGCUCUCCUCGCAUCAGGCGGAGCUUUCCGGAAGGAUCAUGGCAGCGUCUGUGGCUGUUAGACGACAAGUAUGGAUGGCCAAGACCAACUACACGGAUUCCCUCAAAGCGACAGUUGCUGAUCUUCCGUUUGUCGUCGGCCAUUCGGUUGGGGAGAACUCGGCGUCUAGCUCAGGGGAUGCAAUGUGCAGGCAGGAGACGUGAAGAUAAGCUCGUUCUCAAAAAAAACACAGCUGCUAUAAUCGAAAGACUUGAGUUAUGUGAUUGCUGUUGUGAUUUAAAUGUAAGUCUUGGUGUUGUCAGCUUCUUCGGGUGUUUCUCCACUCCGUUAAAGUGUGAAUUAAUGCCAGCAAGUCUUGUCAAACCAACCGUGUGCACUGCCAGACUCAAAUUGGCAAGUUAACAUCCACAGCAACCUUUCUUUCACUUUAUCAUUCCAUCCAGCCUCUGCUCACUGCUGGAGAAACAGGUGUUCAGUAUUAUUCACUGCAGCUGUUUAUAGUUUGAGGAUAAAGUAUCUGUAUUUGUCGCUGUCCAAUUAAAAAACGUGUAUCUCGAUUUUUUUGCGAUUUUUACUUUUCUGCAUCGUUUGAGCUCAGCAGCUGUCCUUCACACUGUGUAGAAAUUUCAUGACAAUUGGACCAGUAGAAAUGCUCUAAAAUUGCUUAGAAUAAAAUCUCUUUCCAUUAACUUGCAUUGAAAGUAUAGAAGGUUUUUGCCCUCUCCUGUAAAGUUACUAUUUUGGAGAUACCUGUUUUUCUUUGGGCAGCGACGAUAUGUUAAUUUUAACAGGCAGAGUCAUCAGGUAAGCAUUUCUGGGGGCAGUUUUCACACACAGAACUUAAGCCUACACUUAAAACACUAAGGGGUGUUUUCUGGGACGUAACACGGCUGUGACCACCAUUAUUUUAUUUAUUUUCUAGUCAGAGUCGCCAUUUUAUAAUGAAUUUUUGUUACAAGCUAUGAAGUUUUCACGAGAUGUUUCUAAGGAGGUUGGAUAGAAGAUAAUCCACUUCCAUAAUGAAGAAGACAGUCAAAUGAAAAUAGGUGGAAAAAUGGAAAUGAUUAAAAGUGAUUUUUUAAAUAAAAUGAUUAAAAAGAAACUGGCACUCCUAACGUCUAUCUUGGCAGACCACCAGUAGUGUCCCCAUCAGAUAAACCUGCUCUCGAGACAGGUGUUUCAGUCCAUCCUUCCAGUGUGAGAAGACAACUCAGCGCUGUGGGUCUGAAAGGAUGUGUAGCUGUUCAAGAAGAACCUCACUGAAAAAAAGAAACAGACAAAAAUUAUUUGCAAGUCAAACAAAGAAGCUGCUGGUGUUCUCAGAACAGUGGACUGACCACCCCCCACCCCCCACCCCCAGGUCCAGACCUCAACAUCACUCAAUGUGGGAUUACUCGGAUCGGAGAAGCAGAAAGUGCAACAAACUUCUACGACUGAACUUUAGAAGUGUGGGAAAUAUCUAAAAACUAAAGCAAGAUUUGGACACAAAAAACAUGUCUUGACUGAUUAACUACAUCUGGGUGAUUCCACCAAACCAUUCCUGUACAUAUGCAUCGCAGUGUAGUCCAUCAUUAGGUUCGGGGAGUAUGGUCAGCCAGCUUACACAAUAUGGUUUUAGCUUGUCCAUGUUGACAGAACCUGAAUACCCCAAACCCUCUAUCUGUGUAAUAAGGUGGGACCUUUUUGUCUGUCAGGUAUUUUUUCCACUGUGUUUGCAAACAUACCUUGCUGAAUGGAUCAGAUGUCCCAUUAAUUGUGACUUAAGUAUAGACGUGCACAGAAACUGUUAGUGUUUCUUCCCUGAGGCUGACACCUUGCGUACAUGUCUGUAUGCUUUAAUUCACUAAAUAAAUGGUAUUGUUGAGUUGCA